CGAACUGACCAAUCAGGAGUGACUGUUGCCGGCAAUUUAAAAAAACCCUUUUACAUUUCAGACAGACAUACUUUCUAAACUUGGAGAGCUACCUAUCUGCAGUGGUAAAAAAAAAAAAAAAAAACCUGAAAUACUAAUCUGAUUGUUCCACAUUGAGCCGCCUGUUAAAUAUGUCUGCUGGAAACGAGAACGCCAUUCGUCUGAACAAAUUUAAGAAUAAAGGAAAGGAUGCAAACGAACUACGGCGCAGGCGAAUCGAAGUCAACGUGGAGCUCCGUAAGGCGAAGAAGGACGAGCAGAUUCUUAAACGGAGGAAUGUCAGCAGUUUUCCGGAUGAGGUGACAUCCCCGCUUCAGGAGAAGAGUCAAAACAAACAGCCUGCCCAGCACUGGACCGUGGAUGAGAUUGUAGCUGGAGUUAACAGCAACAAUCUGGAUCAUCAGUUGCAAGCCACGCAGGCAGCCAGAAAACUUCUGUCUCGAGAGAGGCACCCCCCAAUCAACCAUAUAAUCAGUGCUGGGCUCAUCCCAAAGUUUGUUGGCUUCCUGGGUGUGGCAGGUUGCCCCCCAAUCCAGUUUGAGGCUGCUUGGGCUCUGACCAACAUUGCUUCUGGAACAUCAGACCAGACUAGUGCUGUGGUUGAAGGGGGUGCAGUUCCUGCCUUCAUAAACCUAAUCAGAUCUCCGGAUGUCCAUGUCAGUGAGCAGGCCAUCUGGGCUUUGGGUAACAUUGCUGGUGAUGGCUCGGCCUACAGAGACAAGGUUAUCAAACACGGGGGUGUGGCUGCUCUGCUGUCCAAGCUCGCAGUCCCUGAUCUCUCAGUGUUCACGCUUGGGUACCUGAGGAAUGUCACGUGGACGUUGUCGAACCUCUGUCGCAAUAAAAACCCAGCACCGCCGCUGGCUGCAGUUCAGCAGAUCCUCCCCACGCUGGUGCAACUCCUGCACCAAAGCGACAAGGAAGUCCUGGCAGAUACCUGCUGGGCCGUGUCCUACCUCACCGACGGGCCGAAUGACCGCAUUGAGGUGGUGCUGCAAGCGGGCCUUAUGACACGCCUUGUGCAGUUGCUGGGCUCUGGAGAAAUCUCCAUUAUGACCCCAUCGCUGCGCUCCAUUGGCAACAUUGUGACCGGCACGGACGAGCAGACACAGAUGGUGCUGGAUGCUGGUGCCCUGUCUAUGUUCCACCCACUGUUAUGUCACAACAAGAACAGCAUCCAGAAGGAGGCAGCCUGGACCCUGUCCAAUAUUACUGCAGGAAAGGAUAUGCAGAUCCAGGAGGUCAUCAAUGCUGGCCUUGUCCCUCUCCUUGUAGAUCUCCUGCGAAGGGCUGAUUACAAGACUCAGAAGGAGGCAGUCUGGGCAGUAACGAAUUAUACCUGUGGAGGCACUGUUAACCAGAUUGUGUACCUGGUUCAGCAGAAUGUACUGGAACCACUGCUUAACCUGCUGUCCACUAAAGAUGGAAAAACCAUCCUCGUCAUCUUGGACGCCAUCUCUAACAUCUUUCUUGCAGGUGAAAAAAUCGGAGAGGUUGAAAAGUUGUGUUUAAUGAUCGAGGAAUGCGGUGGACUGGACCAGCUUGAAGCCCUGCAGACCCAUGAAAAUGAGAUGAUCUACAGAGCAGCCCUCAACCUGAUUGAGAAGUAUUUCUCGGGCGAGGAAGAGGAAGACCUGACUGUGGCCCCAGAAACUACAACUGAAGGUUAUGCAUUUCACAUUUCAGAUGACAAAAGCACUUUCAACUUUUAAAUAUGUGGAUUGCCUGUUUAUGCACAUUAGUUUGUCUUUUAUGUGUGUCAUGACUCCCUGUACUGUACAUAAAGUCACUAAUGUAAAUAAACGAUUAGAAAUUU